AGAUAAAAAAAAUGGAUGGAACUAGGUAUAUACGAUAAUUGAUAAAAUAAUUGAAAAUGUUAGUUAUUUUGUUUUACAAUUACGAAUAAAUAUUAUGUUUUCGAAUGUAAGGUGUAUAAAAAUAUUGGAGUCCUUAAUGACGUAUUAAUACCACAAAUAUUUGGCUAUCUAUAAAACAAGCACUUUCACCAAAAUAUGUCUUAUCUCUUUGAUUAGAUAUGUUCAAAAUUGUUCUAUGUUUUCACAAAUUAUUGGAUAUACCAGUGAUGAUUUAAAAGACUAGUGUGUGCGAAAUGUCUAAUUCGACUUGCAGUGAAGAAGACGAGUCAUUUCCUCUUCACGAAUGUGUAUUUAUUGGAGACGUUCGUAAACUGUCAUUGUUACUGAGGAACCACGAUGUGACGCGUAAGGACAAACAUGGAAAUACGGCAUUACAUCUGGCUGUUAUGCUUGGUCGUAAAGAAUGCGUUCAACUCCUUUUAGCCCAUAGUGCACCAGUUAAAGUAAAAAAUCUCGCGGGCUGGUCUCCACUUGCGGAAGCUAUUAGCUAUGGAGACCGCCAGACCAUAUCGUCCCUUGUCCGUAAGCUCAAGCAGCAAGCACGUGAACAAAUGGAACAUAGAAGGCCAGAUCUCAUUAGAGCUCUUGCUCAAAUACAAGACUUCUAUAUGGAACUCAAAUGGGAUUUUCACUCUUGGGUGCCUCUAGUAUCUAGAAUAUUACCUUCUGAUGUUUGUAAGAUUUACAAAUCGGGCUCAGGAAUCAGGUUAGAUACCACUUUAGUCGAUUUCACUGAUAUGAAAUGGGAAAGAGGAGACAUAUCUUUCAUUUUUCAAGGAGAGAAACCACCAAGUGAAUCACUGACAGUGUUAGAUAACAAAGCUAAAGUUUACCAACGGGUCAGGUAUGAGGAAACUGAAAAUGAAAUAGAGGAUGAAGUUGAUAUUCUGAUGUCCAGUGACAUACUGGCUGCACAGAUGUCAACCAAAGGUAUUGCAUUUUCAAGGGCUCAGUCAGGUUGGAUAUUCCGAGAAGAUCGUAAAGAAACUGUAGCUGGUCUAUAUAAGAGUGAUAUUUAUACAAUUACAGGAUUAGUUUUAGAAUCACGUAAGAGGCGAGAACAUUUAUCAACUGAUGAUUUACAAAAAAAUAAAGCUAUCAUAGAAAGUCUUACUAAAGGUAAUACACAUAAUUUAGAUACAAAUGGAGAACCAGCACGUAGAGCAUCAUUGAACCCACCCCCUGAAAGCAAUGUGGAUUGGGAAUCAUACAUAUCAUCUCCACCAGGACAGUACCCCGGCCUCGGUAGAGAACUAGUUUAUAAAGAAUCAUCUAGGAAUUUUAGAGCUACAAUAGCUAUGAGUGAUGAUUUUCCACUCAGUGUAGACAUGUUGUUGAAUGUCCUUGAAGUUAUUGCACCUUUUAAGCACUUUGCAAAAUUACGUCAAUUUGUUGCCAUGAAAUUGCCUAAAGGAUUUCCUGUCAAGAUUGAUAUACCAAUUUUACCUACAGUUACUGCUAAAAUAACAUUUCAGAAGUUUGAUUUUCGGGAUGAUAUACCUGAAGAACUGUUCAUUAUACCAGACGAUUUUAUAGAAGACCCGCUACGGUUCCCUGACUUAUGACGCUUUGAUAUUCUAACACUGUUUGAAAUAAGUGAGAGACCAGUACGGCGACGUGAGGAGAAACGUGGACGACGUCGGCUAGUAAAGGGAGCCCGUUGCAGACCAGUCACUCAUGGUCUGCUCACCAUUGAAUUCCCCAUGCUGUUUGGCUUGGGCAGUUCCUAUUCCAGCCAUUGUGUCCUGUUUGUUGAAUAGCUAAAUUUAUUUGUAGGUAAAAUUGGUGGUGAAAUGUCAUGUAGUUGUUUG